AUGUUGAAUUACUCCAAGGCAGUUACAGCAACGACUGCUAGCGUCAAAGGAACUGGUCCUAUAUGGCUUAAAUUAAGAGGUUAUGGUUGCUAUGGACACGAAGAAUCUAUUGAUCAGUGUCCUCAUGGUGGCUGGGGUAACACUGGUGGAUGUAUUCACAGCCGUGAUGCUGGAGUGGUAUGUGGCAAUCUAACACCAGAGGAGAAAGCGAUCGAAGUUCGUCUGGUGGGAGAUCAAAACCAUACUGGCAAAGUAGAAAUCCUGUAUCAAGGGACCUGGGGAGUAGUGUGUUAUUAUUUGUGGGAUACACGAGAUGCUCACGUGAUCUGCAAAAUGCUUGGUUACAAAGCAGCUAAACACGCAAUUCGGUUUAUUGAAGGAGAGACACCAAGAAGAACKCUCAUGGGUCUUGUGGGAUGCAGUGGUAGAGAAAAGUCGAUAKCAGAGUGUGCUCACCGUGGAUGGUGGAAGGUUUCUUCAUGGUGCUCGAAUAAACGUCUUGCUGGGGUGGUUUGUCAGGCAAAUGAAGAUCCUCCACCAGUUCAAGUUCGUUUAGCUGGAGGAAGGUCAAACAAUUUUGGUCGACUUGAAGUCAGAAACCAUGGUCAGUGGGGUACUGUAUGUAAAUAUGGAUGGGACAAGAAAGACGCUGAGGUGGUGUGUCGUAUGCUUGGUUACCCUGGAGUACAGGAAUACAUAACCACCAACUUUACACCCGUCAAGGGUAUAAUAUGGCUGAUGAACGUCGGUUGUACAGGAAGAGAAACGUCGAUUGCAGACUGCAGUCACAAUGGAUGGGGUAAUGCAGGCUGUAUUCACAGUAGUGACGUUGGAGUGACGUGUAUGAAGGAACGCAACGUCUGAUGUAUAGGUGUUCGUCUAGUGGAUGGCAAGACUCCUAACG